AUGCCUUCACGCGAAGGUCACAUUGAACAUCAGUACACAUCGGCAGAACUCAAGGCAAGCAUGUCGUCCAACGGAGGCGCCUCCACGUGCGAACCGCCCAUGCCCCGCAGCAAUGCGUGGCGGAAUGCGACUUUGGCGGCCAACCCGACGGCUCGAAACCUCGGCAAGGAGUGGCUCACGCAGCAAAUGUACCACAACAUGCACGAGCCGUUAGCGUUGCUUCCAGCCGUGAGCUGUGACGACGAUUUUUUCGAUAUCGACGUGCAAACGUCGAACGAUGGUGACCCGUUCACGCGCUCUGAAAGGGCGCAGUUCACGUGGCCAGGCACGGUGGUGGAAGAGACAGCCAACACGCGCCUGUUUCACACGACCACAUCCAACGGCAUAUUCGUAAACUCGCUCCAAGGCCACUUCUCCGAAGCCAACCGGUACUAUCGAUGA